AUGCGAGAGGCGGACUCUAUCCAUCUACCUCUGCACCUCCGCCUAGACCCCGAAAAGUCGGCAUCCUCAAUCCAACACGAUGGCACCAGCUAUCGCAAGAAGUUCCCAGAGAGCCUUCAUUUUGCAUCUGGCAACUUUCACAUGAGAUCGCGCACAGCCUCCACACGAAGCAGCAUCUCGUCAGCACACAUUCCUGAUUCAGCGACUGCCUACUCGCCGUCAACGCUUGCCAGCCCCCUGAGCUCUAGUUAUGCGAGCGAUAUUCAAGAACGAUUUGCUUGUCACACGCUGGAUGGAUCAAGGCCGUCGAGCAGGAUACGCCAUCGUCACCGGCCAUCAAUCGCAACCUGCUCCACCUUUAUCAAUGAUGACGACGAAAGCCCUGUCUAUGUUGGCUGUCAAGACGUAGCUCAAAAGAUUAAACAGACCGGUAGCGACAAUUCCGACCCUGUUGAGACUCAUGAAAUUGAAAUUGAUGAGCCAGAGACAGAUGCCACACCAAUCAAGGAGGAAGACGAUGCCCUGACUCCUGGUAAAGACAGUGACUGGGAGCAGAAUCAAACUCCUUGUGCGUCUCCAACCCAGAAGUCAGACAUCUCGUUUAACACCUUCGGAGACACCGUCUCUUCAGACGAUGCUGACGGGAUUCUGGACUACACUCUUCAACUAGUGUAUGGAAUUGAGUUGAGUGAAGCUCAAGCGCCAUCGGGAGCAUUGCACCAGGUCGUUUCCAAAUUCGUUCAGGAGCUAGGCCAGCAUAUAUGGCAAGCGCCGCUGGACGGACAAUCCUCCCAAACCAUGUCUGGCUCAAGCUCUUCCACCACCCCUUCCACAGGUGCUGGUUUGGAUGGUGCUCACAGUUUCGGCAAGCGAAAGAAGCAGAGUAAUGGUGAAGAUGGCGGAGAGGAUCUUACCGACGGUGAGGGUUCUGGAUAUAUCCCGUCCAAGAGAAUCAAGCCAAGUCCAAAGGAGGACGAGAACCUACGGCUUAGUUGUCCGUACAGAAAACGAAACCCACAUCGCUUCAACGUCCGUGACCACCAUAGCUGCGCAAUGACCUACUUCCCCAAGUUUGCUGAAUUAAGGCAACACAUUGUUAAGCAGCACAAACGAGAUGAUCCAUCUGCAUUUGUAUGCGAUCGCUGUACUCGGGACUUCCGGACCAGAAAGGAGUUGAGAGAUCAUCAGCGACAGCCGAAAGAGCACAUGUGCGACAUCUCAGACCAUGACCCCGAGGCUGGCAUCGACGGUCCUACGUCAAACAAGCUCCUCAGCCGCAAGAGAGUUAGCGGUGCAUCUCCCGAGGUCCAAUGGAAGGAGAUAUGGAAUAUCCUUUUCCCAGAUGAUGACGACAACCUAGUUCGAUCUUAUCACUUUACUCCUGUAAUCGAACACUUUGAGCUAUCCGCGCAUUACCUCGAAGCCUUCAACUACCUGCAAUCGUCAUUACGAGACAAAAUCUCCAACCCUGCGACACUGGAAACGUUGGCGACCAAGUUUCACCAAUGCUUCAUCGAAACAGUCGAGAGAUGCGUCCUCACUUCUCAGAGCAUGCCUUACACCAACCGUAGCAAUAAGCGCAACGAACCUUCCCGGAUACAGGGCACGCAAAUCUUGACGAGCAGAAAAGCACGCGGGACGGCCUCAAGACCGGACUCCGGUGUAGUCAUUGACGACACCUCGGAGGAGAGCGGGAGUAUAGUGGGAUCUUCAUCUCUCGGCCACAGGGACAGCGUCAGGACAGUCAGAAGCUACGCGGGUCGGCGAGGAAGCAACAUUGCUCCCAAGGGCAAUCCCGACAUGUUUCCCACGCCUGUCACUACUGCUGCAGGCUUAAAUCAGAGCCCCCCUGCGCCUUUGCCAAAUUUUACAUUCGGUGCAAGCACGAACAAUAUGGCACAUGCAACGGCAACUUCGGUAGAAGAGUGGGCGAAUGGUCUGUCAUUCAACCAGAACGAUGGGACUUUUACCAUGGCAGAUCACUGGAUGGCUGAUACAAACAUGACGCCCCAGGCGGAAUUUGGGUUGGAUGAGUCGCUGUUAUAUCAAGCGAGUUUCUGCACGAUAGAUGAUACAUUUACGAAUCUUCAUGGAACGAGAACAGAUGGGAAUAUAUAG